GAGUGAGGAAGUAACAACUGAGCUCUGCCAGUCUGACGUUAGUUUGAGCAGAGUGAACUCUUCUUCUUCUUCCACUGAGGAGUUUGGAGGAUUUAUUUUAAGGGGAAGUGAUAGAAGAAGACAGAAAACCUCAAACAGAGCAAAAACUGAAGAUUCAUCUGAGGACCUCAGACAUUUUCUGGUCCAUCCUCAGGUCAACCUUAAAACUUCCAGCAGUUGUGAUUCCGGAGUCCCAGCAUUGAGAACUUUUUUGAAAAGGUUCCUGGACUAGAGCGGCCUCCAAACUGGGAUCUUCUGGAAGUGGUUCCCAAGCUAUAGAAAGUCCUGGAGAUAACUGCUGUCUCCAAAUUCUGCUCUAAAUUUUCUCACUUUGUGUACAGGUCCUGGUUCAGAAGAAGCAGCCCGUUAGUGUUUCUGCAGUCACAGCAGUGGAUUCAAUAAAGGGUUCCAGGAUGGGACACAAAAUUCUCUCCAUGCCCUUUGGGUUCAUCCUGUUGCUGGUUGUCUGGUGUUUCGUGUUUGUUAGUCCAGCUGGCUGCCAUCAUAAUUUCACACCAGAGCCCGCUCUCUCGGAUCUGGUGAUGUCGGACCUGCCUGGCUUCCACAGCACUGACCAACCUCUAGAACUAGACCUGCAUCACUUGCAAGAGAAGGCAAAGAAUAUCUCGUCACCGUUGAAAAACGGUCACAGAAAGCCACGCUCCCACAAGCUGAAGCAACACAAAGAACCUUCCUCCAACUCAUCUACGGUGGUUCGCUGCUUGACUGAUGUGAAAAUGAAAGUGACCUUCAGGUACAUCAACUCGGUGCUGUCCUGUUUGAUCUUUGUUGUGGGGAUCAUCGGCAAUGCCACCCUGCUGAGGAUUAUCUACCAAAAUAAAAGCAUGAGAAAUGGACCCAAUGCUCUCAUAGCCAGCCUCGCCCUGGGGGACCUGAUAUACAUCACAAUAGUCAUGCCACUGACUGUCUAUAAGGUCUUGGCGAUGAGGUGGCCCUUUGCUGACAAUAAUUUUGGUCUGUUCCUCUGCAAGCUGGUUCCCUUUGUGCAGAAAGCUUCAGUCGGCAUCACCGUCCUCAGCCUGUGUGCGCUGAGUGUGGACAGGUACCGCGCUGUGGCAUCUUGGUCACGGGUGCAGGGCACGGGUAUCCCCACGGUAACAGCGGCAGAGAUUGCGGUGAUCUGGUUGCUGUCGGUGACGCUGGCUGUGCCAGAAGCCAUCAGCUUCACCAUGAUCACCUCCACGUACAACAACCAGACCUUCAAUGUCUGCAUGAUGUCACACAGGAGCUCACCCUUCCUGGAAUUCUACAUCAAAUCAAAGGACUGGUGGUGUCUUGGUUUCUACUUCUGCAUCCCUCUGGCCUGCUCAGCCGUUUUCUACAGCCUCAUGACCCAUGAGAUGCUCCAACACGAGAAAGAAAGUCUGAAGAUCUCGCUGACCGAGCACCUCAAGCAGCGGAGAGAAGUAGCUAAAGUCGUGUUCUGCCUGGUGCUGAUCUUCGCUCUGUGCUGGUUUCCUCUUCAUCUGGGUCACCUGCUGAAGAAGAUGAUCUAUGACCACAGCAACCAGCAGCGAUGUGAAUUCCUAAACUUCCUGUUGGUCCUCGACUACAUCGGCAUCAACAUGGCCACCAUCAACUCCUGCAUCAAUCCCAUAAUCCUCUUCUUCGUGUCCAAGAAGUUCAAAAGCUGCUUCAAGUCCUGUCUGUGCUGCUGGUGUUACUCUGGCUCUCUCUCUAACAGCAUGCUGCCCCUCCACCAUGGGACGAGCCUGCAGUACAAACACACUGAUCACUGAGAGAGCAGCGCGCUCGUCUCCAUCUGCAGCUCCGAGUGCCAAACGAGGACGUCCGGCACCCUCAGCGAGAGACGCAACCAUGUGUGAGACAGGCCAGAGUGUACCAGCGCGUUCAUGUUUAGUCUCUACCUUUCCCAGUACAUUUAUUUAACUCAGUAUGAUAUUUUAUGACAGGUUAAAGUAUUAUGUGUGGUAUAGUUACACUGUGUGUGCCGGGCUGUGUGGCUGCAGUGUAGUGAAAUCUUACAAUUUAGGGACUGUAGAAAACUCCAUAAAUGUUUUUCCCUGUUUGGGUGCAGAAGAACUUGAGCUCUGAUUUCAACCUCAUCCAACAUCUUUGGGAUGAACUGGAAAGCCAAAUGAGCCGGGAUCUCUGCUGGGCCUCUCCUGGGCCUCUCCUGGGUGAGCGGAGUAUUACAUGAAUAACAACAAAAUAAAUAAUGGUGCGUUUGUGCCCAUGAGCAGAAAGAAAAUACAUGUCUUUUUCUGCUGAUAAAAUUUUUUUGUCUUUUAUUUGACCAUAUAAAUAAGUUGUAAUGUAUAAAAUUUUUUUGAUAGACAAAGUAUUAAUAUUUCUUGUUUUAUUUUUAGUUUUAUGAUAGAUAAAUCAUUGAAUACCCGAAAUAUGUCCUGCUUUUUUUUUUUUUUUUUUCUUUUCACUAUAGAUUUUCCCCAUUCAAGAACAUACCUUUAUUUCUAAAGUUAUUAUUUUACAGUGGGUCCACAAAAACAAAGCGAAACAAAAAACGUUCUUAUAUUAAGGGGCAAUGUGAGUUACAAGCUGACAGUUUUUUCUUAAUUUUAUUUCAUGGAUGGACUUUUUGUAUGCAUUAUAUUUAUUGUUUUAAUAUGAAAAAAAAAUCUGUUUGUACAAACUGAAAAAAUUGUGAAGUCAAAAGGUACACUAGCAUCCUCUAGAGGCUGAGUUUUUGCAUCACAGCUCACAUCAAACUGCAGAUAAUAAAUGCAAAUGUGAGGCUGUUUCUGCUCUCGGAGCUGCAGGACUGAAGUCUCUGCUGAGGUGCUGCAGCAAAGAUCAGAGACACUGAAACAGUUCAAAUUUCACAAAGUCUCUAAAGUUGGACUGAAAUGUUUAUGUGUUUUAUAUCUUUUACUUAAUGCGACUUGUUUAAUAAGCGUUAUGUGUGU